AUGAGUUUUGAUAAAGAGUCCAAGACUGUUCCUUUUGCUGAGAAGAAGUUGACUCAGAGCUCAAAUGUCGAUGACGCGGUACUAAAUAACCUCUCGAGUCUCAUCUCAUCGUUUAAUGAAGAGGCUGACUCUAAGAAUUUUCAACCUUUGAUUCAAUUCUUUCAGAAAGGUUAUGUUUCGCAAGUAAUACAGUUGUGGUCUUACUAUGCACAGGUGAACAAUCAUCCAAAAUUCUCGAAAUCGACUACAUUAUUGGUGAAUACUUUGAGACUACUCGAUAGCGAUCAUAACAUUCAUGAAUAUGGGAGUGUUUUGAUCAAUCUUAUUUUGACUGGGCAUGUCAGAGUACUGUACCGAGGACUGAAUAAUAUCCGUGCUUCUCUCACUAAUCCGAUCCUGCGAUUGAUGAAAGAGAUUGUCUGUUUCAAUUCUGGUCAACACGUUGAAGAGUUUACAGCUAAUUUCGACUUCAGCCUUCCAAGUUUAGUCAAAAUCCUCAGUGUAAAUAAGGCAGAUAUUCCUGUGAUCAACGAAGAAGUGAGUAAAAAUCCCAGGUUAUCAAUAAGAAUUGAAUUCCUAAACUUUUGGCUAACAUUGAUUGCAUUUUGCGCACCUCUGCCGAGGAAACAACUCAUGACGGACAAUUCAAAGAUAAUGAGUGCAUGGUUCAAGCUAAUGGACAAGUUGGACCCGCCGGAUUUAAUGAUACGCGCCCUGGAUUUGUUCAAAGACAAGAUCUUGGGCGAAAGCUCCUACAAGAGAAUGACAAAAUGUAAAAUUCUCAAUGAGCUUGCCUUAUCAAGAAUAUAUUCGUUCUAUCAUUCAGGAGACAAAGCUUUGGUGAAGAAGGUCAAUGAAUUUUUCUUGGAUUAUGGUUGUAAUAAGAAGACGAAUAUUGCAUUCCCCGAUGACGCUGUAUGGUUUUCAGAGUCACCAUUUAGCGGAACUCACAAAGGUGCCGAAAUUGUAAUCAAUCAAAGGCCAUUUAAAGUCUAUAACAAACUUUUGUUCAAUGUGCUUAAAUUUUUCAAACCAUGGGAGGACGAUAUGCAAGCAAACACUGUUGUUAAGAUACUAGACCAUGUACCAGAGCUUGUGGCUCCCUACUGCACUUUUCUGACUUCUCAUGGAUCUCAUGAUCCCAAAAUGACAUCUUAUUGGUUUGGUUCUACUAUGAUCUUUGGAAGAAUCAUCCGUCUAGAAAUUCCUCAAUUCAUGAAACAAGCAGAUACUGACGUCACGCCAUCGAUCCCAUUGGUAAUGGAAAGUAUACUACCUUCUCCCUUGACGAAAUUAGCGUUGACUAAAGCAUUACAGCAUGAUAGGCUUGUCAUUAGACAGCUAGUUUGUCAUCUGAUCGUAUUCGCAUUUCAGAAAUUAGAAUCCGUUUUGGAGCUGUUUGAAACAAAAGGAUGGACUUCAGCCAAAAACACAUUGAGAAACGCCUUCUAUCUCGGUGUACCGGAUUUGUCAGUAAUACUCUCAGUGAUGAACCAAUCCUACAACACCAAUAAAUCGAACAAAAUUUUGCAGCUAUCCGUAUCAACAAUACUGAAGUACUACAGCGCAAUAUUUCCUAACUUUUUCAGUAUAAAGUUGCCCUCUUCCAAUAUCUUUGUUGAUAUAAUGCAAAGCGAUAACUUUUCCGGUAUAGAAUUGGCCCUACUUAAUAACUUUCUCCAGUUCCAAGAGCUAAGCGGCCUGCAAACCAAAUGGUGGAGCAAUUCUUCCCAAGAGCGAUCCAUAUUCACUUCUCUUCUAAACGUCGCAAGAACAGCUCCUCUUGCUCUCACUGAGAAGAUAUGCCAGCUGCUAGAAGAUAUGUUCCGCGGCAACGUGGCUUUCAACAGACUUUUAUGCUCUCCUCAAAGGGCGCUAGUUCAUAGUUUACAGUUAAUCUCGAGUGAGGCCGAAGGAAAAGACUUAACGAAGAUUUGGAGCUUUCUUGAUGAGACGAUACAACGCUGCAUGAAGACCCCCUACAAGUACGUCGACAUGGCCGCAAGCCAUAGUCGCGUGUCCCCGUUUAUCAUGGCUCUUUUCGAACAGUGGAAGUUCGUCAAGGAAGAUACCGAAUUUGGACUUCCUGCCAGGUGGUUUAGUCUGUAUUUGAGAACUAUGAUAAUAUGCGGAGAGCCAGAGUCUGGGAUUAAAUUGGGAGUUAAAACUUACUUACCUGAGGUAUGUGAGAACUACAUCGAAAGCUACCUUACACCUUCCGCUAAAUCUGCUCAUUCACCGGAAGAGAGUACUUUCCGCUCAAAUAUCAGGCAAUCUUCCUUUUUGGAGCUAAUCAUACUCUCUCCUUAUUCUGAUUUAAAGAGAAUCAUUAGGCAUCCGAUAUCCCGACUUGACGCAGUUGGUCUUGUUUUCCGCAUCAACUCCCUGGUUAAAGACUCAUCGAUUAAAUGCGAUACUAUGUUCAAAAGCGUCGUGGAGGAAUUAAUAAGUAAGCUGACGAAUUACGCUGAGACGGACCGCUCUUUCGAUUCAAUCAAUGCUAGAGUUUUUGAGUCGAUUAUUCAAUACGUUGUGAAAGCAAAGGACCUAGAUGAGAUUGCGGCAAAGAGUUUGUUCGUCGCACAUUUAAUGGCUAAAAUCAAUCAAAAGAUUAGACCACAGGAUGAACACUUCGGCUCCUCAGUUUUUGUUUGGCUGCAGAAUAAUAAGUAUUUGUUACAAGUUUCCGACGAGGAAGACCUGAUUUACAUUUCUUCUCUCCUUUCCUGUCUAACUGCAGCUCAAUCCAUCCAAAUGCUUGAAGAAGACAAAGGGAUGAACUUUCACUUGAUCAAACAGUUAUUAAAGGUGUUAUUGAAAUCUGAUGACGCUUCCAUACCGUUUUCGGUCAUCGAAUUACUGUUGAAAGAAGCUUCUGAGGAGUCUCUACAAUUGGCAUCAUAUUGCAUAACUGAAAAAAAAAUACAUGACUUAAGAGCGGAAGAUCUCCUUCAAUUGGUGCUGAAGAACGACCUCUACUCGAAGGUCAUGGAAUCAUACGUUAAUUCGGCUUAUUUCUCAGUCACCCACCUGUUGCCAAUUUUGCCGCAAAUUAGCGGACCAAAACUAUCACUCAUAGUAGCGGUAGCUGUGAAUGGCAAUGAGGACAAGCAAGCUCAAGAUUUUGUUAGAAAAGUCAUCAAUGAAAGUUAUUCAUCGUUGAACAAAUAUGAAUUUGAGACCUCACAGAUCGCUUUGACGCUUUAUCAAUUUUCUCCUGAAUUACUAUCAGACCAAGACAAGAUAUCUCUCAUUGACUAUUUGAUUAACGACUAUAGUGGUAAGUACACUGCCGCAGCUGUUGCUUUAUUGGUUGGAAUUGGUAAUUUCGAAGAUCCAGACGUGUUAAAGUGGCUGAACAAACUGAUGCUCUAUAUUAACAGAAGCUUCUCUUCGUCCUUACCCUUCAACCCAGAACUGGUGAGUGCGCUUGAGGUUUUGGGUCAACUACCUGAAAAUGUAUGGCAGAAAGUCAAUCAAAAACUUCUCCACUCUCAAUUGGAGGUUAUCCUUUCUGGAGAGCAAGUGACUAAUAUAAAAGUCUUACAAUACGUCUUGCAUGUUUGUUUAUCAGGCUGCAUAGGCGAAAUUCAACAUGGUAAAUUGAUACAGUGCUUGUUUAGCAAUGAAAAAAAUGCACUACAAAAGAAAGAUGCUGAGAGCUACAUCAAAUUUCUAACUACCUCGGUUGUUUAUGUCCUUUACCUCGGAGAUCCAGCCCACUGUAGUAACGACGCUGUCCAAGAGCACCUUCUUAGAAACUAUGAAGCAACCGUCUCGGGUAAAGACAGAUUAAUUCUUAAGAUGUUAGAACUCAUUGAGAGUAACACGUCUCAAUCCUGGACAGACGGUAUCUAUACGUGGGAAUUUCUCGACUCAGUAGAGGAUGAUUAUGAAAGCGUGGAAGUGAUAAGCAAGCAAAAGGAGGGCCUUGUGGUUACUCUGAAGAGACAAACUGUCAUUAACACCGCAAUAAAUUAUUCGCUAGACAGACCAGAAAUUCCCCUUAUAACACCUUCUGAUGUGAAAGGCUCCUGGAAGGCAAUAACGUCAUUCUAUGAGCGAGUGGAGGGAGGAAUCUCUGUAUCUUCGAGUGAGACAUACGAUCCGUUGUUUUUGCUCCUGUCGAGUAUCCAAAAUGAGGAACUUGUUAAGCGCUCUAAAUCUGAGGAUGGCGCUAUACAAUACGCUUUCAAUGUUAAAGCUUUUCUGUCUUCUAAUAUUUUCCAGGUCAUAAUUUGCUCUUUGGGUGGAGAAGCAGAGUUACAAGCAGUGGCAUUGGUGCUCAUAAAAGGAAUGCUUUCUUCACUGCAGGAGAAAAGUCACCUGAAAGAUUUACGUGUUAUCGAAUUCCUGUUGAGUAGGAUAGUUUACACGUUCUAUCAGAUAGAGUCCGCUCAAGUGGACAAGGUGCACCACAUUGCUCCAUGUAUCUGGUUCGCUAUCUCUCAACUGAGUACAGAGCUGACGCAAACAGGUUCACAACUGCAUGAAAAGGCCUUUCGUUGGGUUUUGAGUAAUCCGUUAAUUCGUCCAAAUGAUAUGCCGCUGCUACAGGAACUACUUUAUCCUAAGGCAAACCUCGCAGAACAAGGUCUAUUUUACAGGCAAUUAGGAUGGGUACUCAAUUGUUUGGAACAUGCCCUGAAAAUUGAGCAAGAUGUGGAACAAAUGAAACGGAUGGGUGUCUUAGAGUGGUUGUCGAACUUGACCAACUUACCAUAUAUCAAUGGAAAGAUGCGUUCUUCCAUUACUGCAAUUUUCUUCAAAUGUCAAAGAAUAGACAAUAGUGGAUCUAGUCUAAUAACGAGAGUGGCAUCCAUCAGUACUUCGGAGUUACAGGCGCUCUCGCUGGAUUAUAAAACAACCAAGGCAGAACAGGAGAUUCUUCGGAAUCAAAUGAACAUGAGGCACCUUCAAAAAUCACUCAUUCUGCAACAACAAGAACUGAACGUGAAUGAGGUAUUGGCUGGCCAUUUGGUACUUUUGGCCUCCAACAAGAGGCUCAGAGACUGGACUGAAGAUGAUAGCGGAAAUAUCAGAAAAAGAAUGACCAAAUAA